AUGGUCCAGGUGGGGCCGGAGCUCUUAAUUGUGGUGGCUUUUCAGCUGCUUCCGGUGCUCCCACCUCUGGUACUGCCAGUGAGACAAGACAGACCCAGAGACUGUGACGGAGGAGUCUGGUACAUUGUCUGUGAGUACGACCAGGUCAGGCUGUGGCUCUCCCAUUUUGGACAUCAGUCCCCAGAAGUUUGUGAGGAGGACUUUGCAAGAAAACCUGGACUGAGUGACUUUGCAGUGUCUGAACUUGGCGCCCAGAUCAACCCCUGUUGUUCUGCCCAGUUUUAUUCCUUCUCUGAGCAUAAUGGCCAAGUUAUUUCAGGGGGCAUCAAGGAAUCAACCUCAUGGGCUCAUGUACAGGACAAGCUGGAUACUGUCAUUGUCUCAUUCACUGGUCUUUACUCCACAGAUGAGCUCUUCCCUGCUGUUCCUGACUGGGUCCUGCCACUGGUCCUGACCACUUGUCUUCUCAUCGCCGCAAACUCUGCUGUGAUUUAUUGGAAUGUGAAACAAAACAGAUGCAUCAAAGAGCUGGAACUUCGGAAAUCCAUCGUAGAACUUGGACAAUGGAGACCCUGUAUUCAGUCAGACUGGGAGAGAGAACAUGUCUUCGAAGUCUCCGUGACCCUGGAUGUGGAAACGGCGCAUCCGCUGCUCAAGGUGUCUGAGGAUCGGAAGGGAGUGAGACGGACCGAAACCCCGAGGGAUCUCCCCAACACCGGGAAGAGGUUCGCAGCCCGGGCCUGUGCGCUGGGAUCAGAGGGAUUCACAUCAGGGAGACAUUACUGGGAGGUGGAGGUGGCAGGGAAUCGGGGCUGGGGUCUGGGGGUCGCCGCAGGGUCUGUGGAGAGGAAGAGACGGGUCGAACUGAGACCGGAGAACGGAUUCUGGACCAUCGAGCGGAGGUGGGGAGGUGGCAGGAUUUAUGUGAACACCUCCCCUCGAUCCCAUAUCCCUGCUGAUCCCGUCCACCGGAGGGUGGGAGUUUGUCUCAGUUACGAGUACGGGACAGUUUCAUUUUACAGCGCGGACACCAAGUCCCAUCUCCACACCUUCACUGGGAAUAAAUUCACUGAGAAACUUUAUCCUUUCUUCUGGACUUGGGAUGAAAACCAGUGGCUGAGAAUCUGCUCCGGAUCUGUGAAUGGGUCGGGUCCCGGGACUGGCGUCAGGAGCAGGGUCAGGGUCUGUGGGGCAGAGACCCCAUGGAUGGCAGGUUGGCGCUGAUUGGGUCUCAUUUAAUCGCCAGAUUCCGCUUUGUUAAAACCCCAAUGAGCCCGGAAAUAAAACCGGUGUAAAUAUAAAUGUGGGAAGUGUGAAAUAAAAGGUGAAUGGAGUCUCCUGGGUCUCCCCUCCCUCAUUUACUCCUGUUUCCCGCUCUCCCUGUUUCCCAGUCCGGACCUGAGAUUCCUCUUGUCUCCAUUAGACCAUAAGACAGAGGAACAGAACUGGGCCAUUCGGCCCAUCGAGUCUGCUCCACCAUUCAAUCAUGGCUGAUUUAUUUUUCCCUCUCUACCCCAUUCUCCUGCCUUCUCCCUGUAACCUUUGAUGCCCUUACUAAUCAAGAACCUAUCGACCGCUUUAAACAUACCCAAUGACUUGGUCUCCACAGCCGUCCGUGGCAAUGAAUUCCACAGAUUCACCAGCCUCUGGCUAAAGA